UCCAAGAUGCGGGGGGCUCGGGGCGGCAGAGGCCGCGGCAGCGCCAGGGACGGGGGCGCGCAGCAGCCUCCGCUCGCCCGCCUGUGCUGACCUGCCUCGCCUGCCCCCAGAGAAUGUCAGCCAAGUCCAAGGGGACCCCCUCCUCGUCCUGUCCAGCCGAGGGACCGCCGGCAGCCUCCAAAACCAAGGUGAAGGAACAGAUCAGGAUCAUCGUGGAGGACCUGGAAUUAGUCCUGGGCGACCUGAAGGACGUGGCCAAGGAACUUAAGGAGGUGGUUGACCAGAUUGAUACCCUGACCUCUGACCUACAGCUGGAGGAUGAGAUGACCGACAGCUCCAAGACGGACACCCUGAACAGUAGCUCCAGCGGCACCACGGCCUCGAGCAUAGAGAAGAUCAAAGUGCAAGCCAACGCCCCUCUCAUUAAACCGCCCGCGCACCCGUCCGCCAUCCUCACCGUCCUGAGGAAGCCAAACCCUCCGCCGCCUCCCCCACGGUUGACACCUGUGAAGUGUGAUGACCCCCAACGAGUGGUGCCAGCCGUCAACCCCGUGAAGACCAAUGGAACCCUUCUGCGAAACGGAGGCUUGCCAGGGGCGCCGAGCAAGAUUCCCAACGGAGACAUCUGCUACGUCCCCACCGGUACCUUGGACAAGGCUCCAGCGCAGCCUCUGAUGCACAGACCUGAAAAAGACAGGUGUCCCCAGGCAGGACCUCGGGAACGAGUUCGGUUUAAUGAAAAAGUGCAGUACCAUGGCUACUGUCCCGACUGUGACACCCGGUAUAACAUAAAAAACAGGGAGGUCCACCUACACAGCGAACCUGCCCACCCACCCGGAAAGCCUCCUCACCCAGGCCCACCCCGCCCUCCUCCGCCCCAUCUCCCUCCUUUUCCCCUAGAAAAUGGGGGACUGGGAAUAAGCCACAGUCACAGCUUCCCCCCACUCAGACCUGCAACUGUGCCUCCUCCCACUGCACCAAAACCACAGAAGACGAUCUUGAGGAAAUCGACCACUACAACGGUGUGAUGUAUGCCAUUUCAACAACUUUUCGGGUUUUUUUUAAUUUCUAUAUUAUAAACAUAAAAUAAUACAUAAUGAGCACUUUCUAUUCAAGCAAUAAAAAGCCCAAAUAUAUUAAUUCUGCAUUCAGCAAAGUGGCAUAAGACCCACCUGGUAAGUAUGCAGUAUGCUGUCGCGCUCCCGUGCAUACGUUAUUUAAAAAGUUGCAUCAUCAGAAAUCACAGAACCAUGAAAAAGCUGAAUAUAUUGUUGUUUUUUAACUGACCUGUGAUACACGGUCAGAUUUCAAACAGUUGGAUUUACUGUAAGAGAUGGAAUUAGAUUCAUUUUAUUCAUGCCCAACUCAUCUAUGCAUUAAAAACAUGUCAUCCUCCUAACUUUGACCCAGUGCUUUUUAGGAAGAAAUUUUAAUACUGAAGGACUAUUUUGUUAUUUUUUCUAAAGAUGUUUGUCACUAGUUUUACAUUAUUCAAUGCCGAGAACAAUACCAAAAAGUUUAUUUUCUAUACUCUACAAUUAUGAUUAUCUGUUCAGCUAUCUAUGUAACGAAAGAUUCUGUCUGUGGAAAUACCAUGUGUCAAUAAACAGCAGUGCGUAAUGGCGAAAGCAAAUCUUCCUCAGAAUUAAAAUGUAGCAGUGGUUCAUUUCAUCUCAUGUUAGUAUUCACCAAAAUGGGCCGCUGUCCUAAGAGAGUUUGGAGAAGAUUACAGUGAGCAUAUGCCAGAAUGUUCUAAAUUAAAUAUCAUAAUCAA